GAAGAUGUUAUUAUCAGAACCCUAACCCUUGCGCGAUUCGACCCCCACCAUUCCCACUUUACCCCCACCUUUGCUUUCCAACUCUCGACUCAGAGCUUUCAGAUUGGAGCUUUCAAGUAAUUUUACAAGAAUAAACCGCGGCCAAUCCAACAACAACGUCUGGGUUACUUAUCAGCAUCUGUCAUUUGCAAUCAUCACUAUAAACUUUCAGCUUUCUACUCCAUGUGACAUUGCAUUUAUCGGUUGGCCGAUGAUAUCUGAGUCUGUGACUUUCGAGCCUCAUCUCUUCGUGCAGCACAUCUGCCCCACAUGGCGCCUCGACCAGCUCGACGAAGCGCGAGGGGUGUGAGGAAAAACUACAAUGAGGCAAGCAGCAUUGUGCUCGAUGACGACGAGGAGCCGAUUCAGGUCCCGGAUAACGACAGGGAUAUCGACGACGACCUUGGCUCCGGAUCCAACGGUGUACCUGACUUUGACGCAGACGGCCAUGGCGCAGACGAUGACCCCAGUAGCGAUGGCGAUGAGGUAGACGAGGAUGGGAAUCCAAAAACGACCACAGCUUCAAAGUAUCAACAAAAAGGGAAGCGGAAUGCCGGUGCCGGCAUGAUACAGUCUCGCAAAGGCUUCCACGACAUCCCCCACUACCCUUUGGAAACGCGUAUCGUGACCCGCGUGUAUGCCGGUCCGCUUAGACGCUAUGCUCGCUAUUCGGCCCUCAGAGAUUCCAUGUACGGUCCUGAGAUCCCUCGCAUCAGAGUUAUUUGGGCUUUGGAAACCAAAUGGAGCGCCUUCCCCGUUCUGCCUCCCAAAGCCGGCGCUUCAGAAGUCAGAGGCAUCAUGCCGAGCCCUUGGGUUCCGCAAGGCUUUGAGAAGAACCAGACAUUAGCAGCAUCAAAGUGGUAUGAGGGGUACCACCUUCAUUGUCCCGUUGAGGAGCUCCAGGUCUGCCAUCACGUUGCCGCCCACCAGGGGGAAAGUCUGGUACCAAACGCAAAUGGAGAGCUGGUGACGCUGCUGGGGCCAUGGGAUCGCCAGCGAGAGUUUAUUCUGCCUCGGCGCGGAAGCUUGGAGAUAGCAGAAAACGGUUCGCCAUUUACAGAGGAUGAUAUCGUCACAGAUGGUGAAGAAGCUCGAUCGAGAGGGUGGAUGAUUGAUGUUGGGGGCAUUCCUCUGGCCAUAGCUUGGGCACCUUUCUUCCUCAGGAACAACAGACAGGUCCUUGCGGUAGCUACCAUCCCUUUCUCGGACCAAGAUUCGUCCCUCGUCGUCGAAGAGAAUUCCGGCAACCAUAAUGCUACUUCGGAGAUCCAAGGAUCUGUCCAGUUUUGGGAAUUCGCUGCUGAAGAAGACAGCAGCAAGGAAGGGAUGGCAACGCCUGCCAAACGACCUUCCCGUCUUUUGGGGGCAAAGUGCUUUUCGUGGGGCCGGCCCAAGCGUAUGCAAUUUUGUCCAGUCCCCAUGGACGAGUCCGCGUCGCCUUCAACCAACGGCAUUCUUGCCGUGCUGUGCAGCGAUGGAAGAGUCCGCGUCAUAGAUUGUAAGGCGAUCCAUGAAGAUCAAGUACCCGAUUACGCUUGUAUGGAGGCACCGAUGGUCACGUUUGGACAGGACAAUGACUACAACGUUGAGGUUACCUGCCUAACCUGGGCUAACACGAACCGCCUCGCGCUUGGUCACAGUGAUGGAUCAAUCACGCUGUGGUCAGUCUAUCCCAAGACGCUGCUGCAGCGCCACGGUGCUCACACGACCUACGUUAUCGACAUCUGCUCGGCCUAUCCGUCGAAUCCAUAUCUGGUCGCCUCCGUCCCCGUGGGCGGCUGCGCGACUUUGACCGACAUGUCACACCCCAGCUCCGAGUUCACCUACUUCCCGGUUCCGGCGAUUAGCUUCCAGCCCAAUCUGCUCUGUUGGAACGAGUCGAUGCAAGGCUUCAUGGCGCUGUACCCCUCGUCCACUCCCAACACCACCAUUGCGUUUCUCCAUCAUCGCUUCUUCGCCCAGGCCCGCAGCAUCUGCACCGGUCCCAACACGCUAACCUGUGUCUCGGUUGGCACGACGCAUCCUUUUAUUCUUGUCGGCUGCGCAGAUGGGUCGGUCUUCGCUUGCAACGCACUGCAGAAGUUGUUUAAGCAGAAAGGGGAACCACUGAGGAAACUCAAGAUCUUUGAGCAUGAAUACAGACCAGUCGUCGCUACUCGGAGCAGCCAGGGCAAUUCCAUCCGCGGUGCAGUUCGGAUACUCCAGGGAUACUUGCCCGAGGUCAACGAUGACCCGCGAACAGAAAAGAGAAAAGAAAUGGACCGUAAGAAGAGGUUGGAGAGGGAGAAAAAGAGCAAGUACACGGCCAGCGGGAAGAAGAAGGGUAGGCCCAAGAAGAAUGCUGGUCUCGAACCUGAACAGCCUGAAGAGGAGCACGACCUUGAAGGGGAGCUGCAGGAAAAGCUCGCGUCCAGGGUCGUAAUCCACGAGCCACUGACCAGAGUCACGGCCGUUGCGUGGAACCCGAAUACUAACUUCAGUUGCUGGGCUGCCUGCGCCAUGGCUUCCGGCAUCAUCAAAGUCAUGGACCUGGGCGUGGAAGACUUCAGAGCGUAA